GAUUAUACAUAUUCUAAUUCAAUAAUGAUUCCCCCAAACGCUUCACUUGUAAGAUAUGAUACUCCUGUCCUGGUUAGUCGAAAUACAGACAAGAAAACCCCAAGGGCACGAGCUUUGAGAACCAGCCCCCAGCCACCAACCAAUGCUGGGCCUGUGCCAAACCCUCCCCCUAAGGGAGGUAGCAAAUUGCCCCCUGUGGAAGCGCAGAAAGCCCAACAGACCGAUGAGAUCUUAAACUCCAUCUUGCCCCCAAGGGAGUGGACGGACAAUGGUCAGCUGUGGGUACAGCAAGUAUCCAGCACUCCAGCCACCAGACUGGAUGUGGUCAACCUUCAGGAGCAGUUAGACACCAGACUGCAGCAACGACAGGCCAGAGAGACGGGCAUUUGCCCGGUUCGUAGGGAGCUGUACUCACAGUGUUUUGAUGAAUUGAUUCGUCAGGUGACCAUUGAGUGUGCUGAGCGAGGCCUUCUGUUGCUGCGUGUUCGUGAUGAGAUCCGCAUGACCAUUGCUGCCUACCAGACCUUGUAUGAGAGCAGUGUGGCAUUUGGCAUGCGUAAGGCACUGCAGGCCGAACAGGGCAAAUCAGAUAUGGAGAAAAAGAUUGUUGAGUUGGAGCAGGACAAACGAGAGCUUGAGCGACAGGUCAAUGAACUGAAGGCAAAAUGCGAUGCCAUUGAAAAACGGGAGGCUGAGCGUCGGCAGGUGGAGGAGAAGAAACACACUGAAGAAAUCCAGUUCCUGAAACGCACCAAUCAGCAACUGAAGACACAACUGGAGGGCAUCAUUGCUCCCAAGAAGUAGUUGGAUGCAAUCACCAUGACAACAUCAGUCAUCUUGCAUUUCCAUAGAUACCAUCCAACGUGCCUAGUGCCUACCUCUUCUUCCAUUCUCUGUGAGCAAGUGCUCCACCAUAUUCCAGCCAAAUUGAGGAUUUUAUUUAAAGAAUUGAUGCAUUCCGUCCAUGGAUGAAUAUUUGUCACCAUUUUAAUAGUUUUACAAUUGCAUUGUUUGAAAUAAUUUUUGUACAACAUAUUGAAUUAGUUUGAUUUAUUUCUUAUGACUGAAUCAGCUAAUUGGUUCCCAAAAGCAAAUACGGUUCAUAGUCUUUGUGAAGUUUUCUGAUAUUUGGAAUAGGAAAUGCAUCUGUAUUUGUAUUUUGUUGAUAUCUCUCAUAAAAUAUGUGCCUUCCUAAACCUGGAGUUUUUACUUCUGAAAACUGGCACAAGUGUAAAGAUAUUCUUUAAAUGGAAACCGAAAAUGUACAGCACCCCCCUCCAUAUUUUAAAUUACAUGAAUUUGGGGGGCAAGUUAAAGGCAAAUGUUCCUCGAGGAAUUAAUAAGCAAAGCAUGGUGCAGUUACAAAAUUUUGUCCCUCUGUGAUUAGAACUGACAGUGCUGGUCUCCAAUUUCCCCCCAACUUCCUGUUCUAAACCAAUUUCAUUGUCCUUUUUGACAAUGGGCAGUAAUAUCUGUUCCAAGGUCCAGCCCAUAUUUCACCUUAAUUUUUAUUGAUGACUCGACAACAACGAUACAAGAGUUGUGCUGCACUCAAUUCUUAUUGGACUCUUCACCCAAUUGUGUUUUCUAGCUGUGUCCUUCCAUUCGCUGUUUUCAGUUACAUGUAAGUGCCUCACUUACUGUGUGGUUCUCUUCAUUCUAUAUUGCAUCACUCUGUUUGGUCCAUCAGGGUCCUUUUUCCUCUUUUCUUUAUGUUCAGUGGAUGAGGAUGUAUAAUCUACUUACCCUCCAACUUCAGAAUUAUAUCCUAGUUGUAAUUUAAUUAGCAUUGUUGAGAGCUCUUUCCUAGAGAUGGAGUUCGAAUCUAGUUUUUCCCCACUGGAUUUUUUCCCCAAAGUUUCAAGUUCAUUCCAAGUGAAGUGUACAAAUCUAGUGCAACUGAGGGGCUCCACAAAUAUGUUUUGUGAACUUGACUUACUGAACCAGAGUACUUGUGUAUUCCCUCUGGCUUAUUCAAUUUGUGUGUAUGCAAAUGUAUUCCAAAUGCAGUACAGUACAAUGCAUUGGUAUGGCACAUGACAUGAUAUGUGUCGUAUUCCAGUAUUGCUUCCAUCGGAUGUCACACAGUACGUACUUGAGUAGCACAGAAAGUAUGCCAUAAGCAUUGAGCUAGAGUAUAUACAAUAUGUGUAGAUGAAAAUGGAUUGCUUAUCAGAAAAUUCUGGUCAUUCUUAUCUGUAUGGUUUCAUCGUUAACCUUCAAUCUUAUUCACAUGAAACCACCAAAAUGAUUUUUGUAUUGAUGUUUGGCCAGAUUCCUUUGGAAGUGUGCAUUAUUAACGUUACAAUCUUCCAAGUUUACCAUAUUUUUCUUAUCACAGCCCACAUGUGUUUUUAUUCCUCCAUAGUAUUACUAACUAGAAGGCCAAGCUCCAUCGGUAAUACACUGUUGUAAAUUGGGUGGAGAAUUCAGGUUGUGCUCAUUUUUAAUGUCCGAAUAGUAAUUAUUCCGUCCAGUCCCAUUCCUCGCUCUGUUGUCUUCAUACGGAUCCAAUGUAAAUUACUGUUAUGUGCUUCCCUAGAAAAUGGUUGGCAAAUUAGCGGUAUUCCCUGUUGACUUUAUUUAAGCAUAUUAAUGCAAAAUGUGUACAUUUUAAUUGACUCGACGUGUGUUUUGGUUUCUCUCAAGUGAGUGUUAAUUGAAUGAUAUUAAUUAUUAAUAGUUUUGUUUGUCAAUCAAUCAUAGGUGGUAGAGGGCUGCAGCGUUAACAGUUACGACAGUCGGGUGUUAAUGGUGUUGGGGGAUUAGUGGCGAAAUACAUGUUAUGUUUGGAAAAUA